ACAAAAGCUGUGAUCAUUUUUGUAAUAUCAGUCGUUCUUAGAAGAUUUUUGCUGCUUCUCUCGAGUCUUUGAGUAUUUACUCAGCCUUGUGAGAUCACCACAACACGGUAUUCCGAUGAAGAGUUUGGUAAGAUAUCCACAAGCGAUAUUUUUGACGUAUAUUAUUGCCUUUGGUUUGUGUAUCGAUGUUGUUCGCUCCUGUAAUUGUGAUGUUGCCAAGCUAAAGGAAUUAGGAGUAGAGGAUGGCCAUAUCCCGGAUCAGGCCAUGACUGCAUCUUCUACUCUUGAUGCCAGUCAUGGGCCAGGUCGAGGCAGACUCAAUCAGGGCCCAACUGGUUCCCAGGGCACCGCCUGGUGCGCUCAGGAAUCAAACACUGAUCAGUAUUUACAGGUGGAUCUCGCAUAUACGUCAAAAGUUACUCAUAUCGCGACCCAAGGAUUGAACGAUCCUUCUAAGGUUGUUAAUGGCCCUAACAUCACCAGCUGGGUUAAAGAGUAUACACUGCAGUAUAGCUCUGAUGGUGAAACUUACAACGGGUAUUAUUUCGAUAAAAAAUUAAAGAUAUUUGAUGGGAACAAAGACGCCGGGUCUGUAUCCUGCUGUGAGCUUCCGUACCCUUUAAUUGUGAGAUAUAUUCGGUUCAAACCUGUGUCGUGGGAGAAAAAGAUAUGCUUGAGAGUCGGUGUCUUUGGCAAAGGGAACGUAACAGCGCACACCAUAAUCACAAAAAGUGAAAUUGCGAUUCGACACUAUUGGUGGUGGCCUUUCCUCUGGGUUUUAAUAAUCAUGCUAUUUUUCCUUAUCUUCCUGGCUUGCUUUUUCUAUCGUCGAAUCCGGAAACAACCAGCUCUAAAACCAAGGCCAACUAGAACGGAAAAGAAUCCAUCUCUCUACACAAAUCCAUUUUCCCCACGGUCAAAGUCACAGAAAAACGGUACGUUGACCAUUGAAAUGGCAGACAUCAUGGAGACACAGGAGGAUGGCGCUUAUGAAGAGGCUGAGGACGAAGUACAAGAGGUUGUGGCCCACUUCACAGACGAUGGGUUUGACAAUAAACAUGGCGUCACUCACUUUUCAGUGAAUGACGAGGAUGAAGCGGAAUUACCGCCGAUCAUUCAAGACCAGGCGAAAAACGAUCCAAGCCGAGGAGCCUCACUGAGCUCUCAGAACCAGCCAAUCAGGGGGGCUUCAGUCAGUUCACAGAAUCGCCGCAACACCGCGCAAUCCCAACAUCUGUACGAAGCCAUUGAAUAGAAAAUGGGUCACCUGAUCUCAUGAAAAUUUUUCAUGCCACCUUAUUAUAAUUCAGAGACCAUUUCAGCAUAAAAAGCGAUGCAAGAUGCUAAAAAUAACCAAUGAUAAAGAAAAAUAUCUGCAAGAGUUUUUUUAGAAUUUAAUCAAUCAGUCAAGUGAAUUGUUGUUGAAAUAAAAUCAGAAAAAAAGCUUUCUUACGUUGCUACGGUCGGGUCAGAUGUCAAAGUACGACCAUAAGGUAUCAAAAUGAACUAAUAUUUUCAACUUUCUAUGGAACCUAGCUAGAUAAUUAAAAUACGGGGUCUCUAAUAGAGUGUAAAGCAUGCUUAGACAAUUUUAUUGCUUUUCUUUGAACUGACCUUGAGGAAAACCCUUCUAAAUGUUGUCGAAAUGCAGAAAAAACUUAAAAAAAUAUGAAGCCGAGUUCAUGGCUCGACCCGAAGGCAUUCGGGCUAAAAAUAAAGUAAUAUUUGAAAUUCCCACUGUAGAAUAGAUCCGUAAAAUUGUAGAGAAUUCGGAAGGAGAAAGAGAUUACAACUGGCCGGAGGAGGGGUAGAGGAGUUUUGAAUAUUCUCCAGACGACAACUAAUCGCCGCAAAGUUGUUAAUUUACAGGAAUGCUACCAAGAGAGACUGUAAUUGAUCGGUGUUUAAGUAAAAUAAUGAGCUACGAGUCGCUGUGUGUUAGAAAUAGAAGAAGAAUAUACUUGACAGUGAAUAAGAUUUUAUCACGCCAAUCAACUAUCUGAAAUAUAGCGUGAACUAUUGAGAGGGAGAGGUGCUACGUUCAUGGCUAGUUUGUCUUUAGGAGUCGCUCUCGAAAGCUUAUCAAGUAAUCCAGCAAAUAGCGUUUCUGAGUGUCCACAGCAUACUCCAGGACGUGCUCUGAAAGACACAGGUCUAGAGCACCAAUAUCAGAGCAUAUUCGUGAAGAGUUUGAGCUGCCACCGAAUGUCCACGUUUUGGGGCGUACUCUGUACGUUCCGUCGAUCAAACUAUAAUGGCUAGCUAAUUAAAACCACCUUUAUCUAAAACAGAUUAAAACGACGAUACGAAGUGUCCACGUUUUAAAGCCAAAUAUGAACGGGAAAUACAUUCAUGUAUGGUUCCAAAAGCUCAGAGCAACCUUUACCGAAGCGCAUUUUCAUAAAAGAAAGCGUUAAAACGUUACGGCCCAAUCAGUUCUCACUAGUAGUUUAUUUCAGAUGAAAGGAAGAAUUAUAAAAGAUGUGUUUAUUCAUUAGAGUUAUGAUAGUGCGGAUAAUUGCAAAAAAACAUCAAUUGUGCGGUCAAGCUAUCAAGUGAAGAUGGCGGUAUUUCGACUGCUACAUUUGUACUAGUCGUUAGUCUUUAUCAGGAAGUACUAAAGUUAUACUUUAUGUGCGACUUUAUCGGUGAAUGCCUGUAAAAAUACCAACAUACGUUUCAGUAAAUGAGAACUCUUUGGCAUUCCGGGUGUAAAGUGUAGUUAGGUCGUAUUUUAUUUGAACAAAGUUUGCUAUUGCCUUUUUUGAACAAAACUACGUUGUAAUCCAUCUUAAAUUAAGCCAAAACAAUUUAUAUGAACAUUUGUUCUUGAGUAAAGUCAAGAGGGCCGAAAGCUACG